GUUCAUUUGAUAAGAAAGGGCAGAGUACGGGGCCAAAAAGAAAAUAUCAAUAUAUAUCAAUGAAAACGUAGCCAAAACACCGCAAAAUAAACAAAAUGCUGGAGAAAAAUAAGUAUGUGCCGCGGGUGAACCAGAUAGACGCAAUUGCUCUCAACAAAGAUAUUGCCCGACUUAUACGCGAUAAUCUUAUGGAGAACCUGCAGGCGUUAUCGCCCGUGCUAUUCAUCAAAUUCCAGCCAGAGAUCGAUUUGCUCAUACAAUCGGCGAUUUGGUUCGGAUCUGUUGGCAAGCGAUGCUCCACAUUUGGCCAGCAACUACUUGUCCUAGCCUACGAUGCAGAGAAGCUUACUGUUUCCAGGCUAGUCCUCCACUUCGCCCUCACCGUCCUGCCCGGCUAUGUCAAGAGCUGGGAGGAGCGAAGAUUUGCACGGCGCGUCGAGUGGUUUAGCCAGGCCAUAACGUGGGCGGAGAACAGCGCCCUGGUUCUGAACAUUCUCAACUACUUCCGGUUCCUGAAGACAGGACGGAAACCCACGUUAAUCGACUACUUUCUGGGUCUGGACUAUAUUAGUCUGCGCAAUAAUCAGCGACGCGAUAUUGGAUACAAGUACCUGACGCGCGAGCUGCUCUGGGGCGGAUUUAUGGAAAUCCUGGGACUCGUUCUACCCAUUAUUAACUUUAGAAAACUACAAAGGUUGCUCAAGUCUUGGACUUCUGGGCAGCAAUUUGGUGGCCGGCGGCAGGAGAUGGACACCAGGGAGCUUCUGGCACCAAAGAUGAUGGUGGGCACAACGUGCACCUAUUGCGGUGAACGUCCCACGCUUCCCCAUCACAUGGGCUGUGGUCAUAUCUAUUGUUAUUAUUGUUUGAGCGCAAAUAUUCUAACUGAUGCAAGCUUUUGCUGCACCAUUUGUGGUGUUGAAUGUGCGAAGGAUGGUAUCCAGAGUGUGUGAUUGUUAAGGAUUGUUUGCAUACAAUGGUUUUAUACAGAUUUUAUACUAGUAUUAAGCGAAUAAUGGGCUGUAAACAAGAAAUACAAAAUAUAUUUACCUUU